AUGCAAUCCCUUAUUUAUCACAAGAGCGUAGGUGUGCUCGGAUUUGAAUUUGGUUACCGUUUCAGUCUCGAACAGAUUUCGCCUAUUGUGCGAUUUCCAGGAUUCGACGGAUCGUGGAUCGGAGUCCCGGAUACUCCGAAAUCGCAAACCCUAGGUCAGGCUAUGCUUUUAAUUAAUUAG